UUUAAGCACUUUGUUCCAUCAAUGAAGGACUUUUAAGAUGUUCUUGAAUACUGAAAUGAAUGUUACAUACAUUACUCUUGAUGGUUAUGUGGAGUUAGAAAAAUAUAGGUUUGUUUAUUUUGUCAUCAUGCUCAUAGGAUAUAUUUUGAUACUGUGCAGUAAUUCUACUAUUGUGUGUCUUAUUGUGAUUCACAAAAACCUCCAUGAGCCCAUGUACAUUUUUAUUGCUGCUUUGUUAAUCAACUCUGUUCUUUUCAGUACAGGAGUCUAUCCAAAACUUUUGAUUGAUGUUUUAUCUGAAAAACAGGUCAUAUCGUAUCCAGCUUGUCUCUUCCAGGUUUAUGUUUUCUACUCUUUGAGUUGUUCAGAGUUUUUACUGCUGGCAGCCAUGGCCUUUGACAGAUAUGUGUCUAUAUGUAAACCUUUGCAAUAUCACACUAUCAUGAGAAAAACAACUGUAUGUGUUUUCCUUGUAUUAUCAUGGCUUAUACCGUUUUGUCAUCUUGCUGUGACAGUCAUAGGGAAUGCUAAUCAAAAACUCUGCAGCUUUACUUUGAAAGGAAUUUAUUGCAACAACUUACUAAACUAUCAUUUCUGUGUGCGUUCAAGAGCACUGUUGAUAUUUGGUUUAGUAAUUCUGUUUAAUAUCAAUCUUCCUAUAAUCUUUAUAAUGUUCACUUAUACAGUCAUUCUUAUAAUUGCUUAUAAAAGUUGCAAAGAAGUCAGGAAAAAAGCUGCACAGACCUGUUUGCCCCACCUGCUGGUUUUAAUUAAUUACUCUGGUUUGGUUACAUUUGACACGAUCAUAGUUAGACUGGAAUCAGAUAUUUCCAAAAUUGCACAUUUUGUAAUUAUGCUACAAUUGAUAACAUAUAAUCCUUUCUCCAAUCCAAUUAUAUACGGACUAAAAAUGACCAAAAUUUAUACACAUCUCAAAACUUUGUUUGUCAAGUGA